AUGGUUUCCACCGAAAAAGAUCCGGUAACAUCAGCCAAAGACAAGAAAAAACCUCCAAAAAUAUGUGUUGGUCGCGAAACGCUCGAGAGAAUGAAUUUUCUCUACCAGGCCGCUGCGCUUAUGUCCCAAACAAACCCACAACUUUCCGCUUCGUACGGAAAGUUAGCAAAAUCAAUCGGGAAAAAGGCUGUGAUUCGGAUGGAACCCGCGAUCAAACGCACGCUGUGUGUACGAUGUGGAGUUCUACUAAAUCCCGCUACUACCGCGGAUGUUGUUGAUUUUCGACACAAGCAACUGUGCUAUGUACAAGUGAACUGUAAACUGUGUGGAUAUGUUAAACGCUUUUAUAACAGCAAAAAUCAUCAACUAUGGUUAGACAAUCCUAGUUCAUUGGUAGAACAAAUAGAAUUCGAUUAA